UGUGGAACGUGAAAUCAUUGUCAAAAGUCAGAAUAUUGCGUGAUUUGCAGAGAGUAAAGAAAAGUGCAAAAUGCGCAUUUAUAUCGCAAUAAUCAUCUGAAACAUUAUAGUGAAUAAAUAAAUGAUGUCUCGGUGUAUCUUAAAUCACUUUAAAUUUGUGAAUGUGGCUCGAAGAUGUGGAAUAAAUCCAGUGGGAAAUAUCUCCCGGACUGUAUCAUCAUCCUCGACACGAGAUGACAAGUCCGGUGGAAUUGGACAUACCACAAUACUCGUCCAACAAGGGGCGAGUAUUCAGGAACUUCCGGUUAUUGUAAGGAGAGCAGGCCAGAGGGAAUUUGUGGCAUUUUGCUCCAAUAAGGUUCCUCUUCAACCACCUGCUGAAGAUACUGAGGGAAUACUAGUAGCAGAAGUUAUGCAAACACCACCUUUGGAAGUUCUCAAUAGCAUUGAGAGAUGCUUAACAAUGAACGGGGUACUUAGUUUGGUGAGCAAUCUGGCAGCUGAGGAUCUUACUCCGGAAAUUUGUGCUUAUGCACUGGAAAAGCUCUUCCGGACAGAGACAGUGUUUAAUCUGAAAAAUGUGGAAGAUUCGAGAGUUUUCAUGAGACUGGUGAAUACUCUAUUAGAUAGGGGAGAUACUAAACUGGUUCUGAAUGUUCUGGGCAGGAUGACAAAUCUGUUGGAUUUGGGAAAUACAAUUGAAGCAUUCACCAAUGAACUUCUAAUGCGAAACACAGACAAUUGUCUGACCAUUGAGGAACUAUGUGAAGCAAUAGAGAUUUGUGUUGGCUGUGGUCAGCGAGAAGGGGCAGAAAAAUUCUGGACUGGCCUAGCGGAGAAAAAUCGAGAGAUUGACGAGCAGAAUCUAGACAAAGUGUAUAGAGUUGCACCAAUGUUGAAAGUCACGCGGCGAAUGCUCAUAUCUCUCUUGGACCGAAGGAUCGGCGAGUGCUGGAGUAGACUUCAGAUGUCUUCAGUGGUGGCUAUUCUAAUAGCUCUGGAGAAGUGCCAGUCUCCUCCAUUUCGCACAAUGCAGAGCCUAUCAAAGUGGCUUAGUACAAAUAUUCAUUGCGUCGAUGAGAGCCACCUGGAGGCAAUUGUUUCUGCCCUGAUUAAUCUCCAGUAUACAGAUAACCAGCUAGAACGCUCCCUGGAACGCUACGUUAAAGCCAGAGGAGUCAAAAUCCAAAGACAGACGCUGAUAGUGGCUCUUCUGAACUUCUGUGCAGCUUUCCGGAUUCGCAAUUUUCACAUUCUCAACGGAUGCAGUGAGUACUUUGUGAUGAAUGCUGCAACUCUCGAUGCAAAGCACCUCCGUGCAAUUGUUGCACCUUUUGGCCAACUUAACUACCAACCUAUCAAUGGGAUGCGCUUUUGGCAGACACUGGAAGCAGCCAUUGAUAGAAACUUUGGCAGGAUGGCACCGGGAGAUGUUAUCUCAGUUGCCCUUUCCUGUGUCUACCUCGAGAUGUUUCCGUUGAAUUUCGUAAAGAGGAUUUUUAAUCCUUACUUCCUGGAUGUUAUGCAUCAAUCGUCUCGACCGGAAAUUGUAGCAAGGCAACGUAUGCAGUUGAAACUCUUUGAUACAGCAAUGACUCUGGAAUGUGCAGAAUAUGAUGGACCUUGGCUUCCUCGGGAUCAUGCAUCACGGUCAAUCUGGCAGGAUGGACGCAUUAAAAGGAUCCUCAACCAAAUAGGCCAUAAUCUGGAAACCAUUGCUGGAGGAAUUGAUCGGUAUUCAACGUGCGUCUGCUUAGCUCAACUUCCAAUCACUGAACUUCAUGUAAUUGACAUCCUACUCCACCCCGCCGGACUCGGAGGUGCCUGGAAGCUAAGACCACGCACCGAAAGAAAUAUCCACACAGCUGUUCUCGUCCAUCUACCAGAGCACUUCAAUUCAACAGGAGAAUACUUGAGUGGGCCGCAAAGUAUGAGAAUUCGACAUUUCCGGAAGAUGGGACUCAAAGUUGCCACUCUUAACUACGAAACCCUUGCCAAAUUGAAGAUACACCCAAAGGAACUCAACGCUUAUCUGGUGGAACGCAUGAAAAACGCCCAAUCGGCUUUUCCCGCCUAAUUACUCAAUAAGAGUACAUAUUCGUUAAUCAGCAACUACUGCAUACACUGCAUAAGUUAUAAUAGAAUAUUAAAAUGUUUAUCAACAUUUUGAUAGUUUCCCUGAUUUAAAUCCAAUAGAAAACCUAUGGGGAAUGCUAGACAAUAAAGUUUUCCAGCGUUGCUGUCAGUUAUGA